CACUCAGACUCUAACUUGGAGAGGAAAAGGUAGUGGCUUCUGGAGCGCAUCAGGAAGUUCAAAACCGCUACGUUAGCAGAGAAGGGGCGGCGGAAUAACUGGAUGCAAGGAAAGAAAAAUAGCCUACCUCGGAGCAACCUUUGAACCUUUUCCUUAGUAUCCUCAUGGAUCCAGCCGACAUGUCAUCCGUGCAUUUUAACCCUGGGCUGGAUGCCAAAGAGGUUAAUGGAAAUAAAGAAAUAGAAGAAGCUCAAGUCAAGAUUGAUGAUGGCAAAGAGGAGAAUGAUGAGCCUGACACUCUCUACCAGCAAGUCCGAAAGAAGAUUACUCCCUUUGUGAUGUCCUUUGGUUUUCGAGUGUUUGGUGUGGUGCUCAUCAUUGUGGACAUCUGUCUGGUCAUCGCUGACUUGGCCAUUCCCCAGGAGAACCGAGCAGGCCUGGGCGAUGCACUGGAGGCUAUCUCUCUGGCCAUCUCCAUCUUCUUCCUGGUGGAUGUGCUCCUCAGGGUAUAUGUGGAAGGAUUCAAAGUGUACUACGCCUCCAAGCUGAAUAUCAUGGACACCUGCAUUGUGGUGGUUACCUUGGUCAUCACUAUGAUCUAUACUUUCUCAGACUUCUCAGGAGCAAGCCUCAUACCAAGAGUGUUUAACUUCCUGAAGGCAUUGAGAAUCAUUAUCCUGUUCCGUGUCUUCCGCCUGGCCUCACAGAAGCAGGAGCUGGAGAAAGUUACCAGGAGAAUGGUCUCCGAAAACAAGCGGCGGUAUCAGAAGGACGGGUUUGACCUUGACCUUACGUAUGUCACAGAUCGAGUCAUCGCCAUGUCUUUUCCAUCAUCUGGGAAGCAGUCUCUCUACAGGAAUCCAAUCAAAGAAGUGGCAAGAUUCCUUGACACCAAACAUCUUGAUCAUUACAAAGUAUACAACCUCUGCAGUGAAAAGGCCUAUGAUCACAAGUUUUUCCACUACAGAGUGGAGCGCGUGCUCAUAGACGACCACAACGUGCCAUCUUUAGAUGAUAUGCUGAAGUACACUGCCAGUGUGAGAGAGUGGAUGUCAGCAGAUUCCAGGAAUGUUAUUGCCAUUCACUGCAAAGGAGGGAAGGGGCGGACUGGGACGCUAGUCUGCACAUGGCUCAUUGACAGUGAUCAGUUUGAGAGCGCUCAGGAGAGUCUGGACUACUUUGGAGAGAGGAGAACUGACAAAAGCAUGAGCUCCAAGUUCCAGGGAGUGGAGACACCCUCUCAGAGCAGGUACGUUGGAUAUUAUGAAGUCAUGAAGACCAAGUAUAACCGUCAGCUGCCCCCUGACAGGUUCCUGAGGAUAAAGAGCGUCCGCAUCCACUCCAUCGCAGGUGUGGGCAAAGGCAGUGGCAUUGACCUGACAGUAAAAAUUAUUGUGAGGAGAGAACUUGUGUUCCAGUGUAUCUGUGCCAAGCAGGAGAAAUGUGCGCUGUUUCCAGAUACUGGCAAUAAUGCCGUGGUCAUCAGUUUACAGGACUGCCCAGUUAUCUCGGGAGAUAUCAAGGUCAUGUUUGAAUCUAGUGCUGGCCUUCCGAAGGGAUAUGAGAACUGCCCCUUCUACUUCUGGUUCAAUACCUCCUUUGUUGAGAAUGAUAAGUUGUUUCUGUCCAGGGAAGAACUGGACAAUCCACACAAAUCAAAGGUGUGGGACAUCUACAAAGAGGACUUUGGUGUGACUCUGUCCUUCUGUGACCCUUGAUGAGGUGCAAGUGGACAGGACAUGCCACUGCUUCCCCUCACUGAAGACAAAUCGUCGCCCAUUUUAGUAAACUUAUCGAUGGUGACACAAGACAAGUAGGGGGGAACAACUAAGCACUCCAACUCAGGAGAAUGGAUCCUAAGCUCUUACAACAUAAAUAUGUUUUCAUAUGAAUAUAGUAUAUAAAGCAUCUUUUUUGGAUCGACUUGACAGUCCUCCGACAUCCUGGACUUCUCCGUGGUGUAAUUUACCUGUGAAAAAGGGAUGGGAUACUUGCUCAAUCUGUGAAAGGGGAUUUAGAAAAGUAACGUAUAAUCUUAUAUUUUGUAUCUUGUACAUCUAUUUAGCAGUAUUUGGUACAACAGAGUGAGUUGAAUGUUGUUAUUUGUGCACAUGUGUAAUCAUUAUCUUGACUGACAUUAGAGGGUAUGAAAGGGAUUCAGUAAACUCCCACCACAAGUUCACUGCCAGAAAACCAUGAAGACAGAAAAGAGUAUGAAUUCUGAGUGGACGAAGAUAUGUACUGUAGCCUACUGAGGUUUUGAUUGGAUUUAUAAUGUCUUGAAUUGUUAGGAACUUGAACAAUGGCUCAUAAUUUUGAGGGUGUUUAUUAAUAAAUGUACUGUUUGAA